CACCUGAACGCAGCGCGGGUUGACAGCUCAGAGCCAAGAUGGCGGCUGGUAGCUGAAGCAGGCGGACUCCUCCUCCGUCUGUUGUUGUCGCUGUCAGGUAGAGACCCGGGAGCUGCUGGGACUCCAAGGAACAACGGAGAAACGGAGGCCGGUCCUUCCUGCUUCUGGCCCGGUUCUUUUCCAGCGAGUGCUCGCUAUGUCAGGAGCGGACUGACACGACAGCAGCAUCGGGCUUAAGGUGGAGCGUCUCCCCGGGGUUUCCUCACCUGUCUCCCGGUAUGAGUCACCGCAGUUGCUUCCUCUCCAUAAACUGAUCCCUCCACAUACCUGAUGAUGUCCUCGCCUUCAUCAAAGCCUUCUGGCGUCGCCUCCAAAUCCCGGCCUCAGGCCUCCACAGCUCUGGACUCCCUGUCCGUCUCCUCCCUCCUGUCUGGAGAUCUGGACGAUGAUGAUGGAGGAGGAGGAGGGGAGGAGGACGGACUGGGGGAUCUGGAGGUCAACCCGUACGACGGUUUGCCCUUUUCGUCGCGGUACUACGCCCUCCUGGAGGAGAGGCAGCAGCUUCCCGUGUGGAGGCUUCGCCAGAGUUUACUGGAACACCUGGAGAACCACAACAUGGUGCUGCUGAGUGGACCGAGCGGAACCGGGAAGAGCACCCAGGUGGCGCAGUGGUGUGUGGAAUUCGCUCUGUCCUUUGAGUUCGCCCACGGCCUGGUGUGCUGCUCCCAGCCGUACUCGGAGGCGGCGCUGAGUCUGGCUCUGCGCGUGGCCGACGAGAUGGACCUCAGUCUGGGCCUGGAGGUGGGUUACAGGGUGUCGCAUGACGACAGCUGCACACCCGACACCUUACUCAGGUUUGUCAGCGACACUUUGCUCCUGGAGGAGAUGAUGUCAGACCCCAUGCUGCGGCAGUACGGCGUGGUGAUCCUGGAUGAGCUGCAGGAGCGCACCGUCCCCACCGACGUACUGCUGGGCCUGCUGUGCGACGUCUGCCGCCAGCGGCCCGACAACUUCCGGGUGGUUCUCCUCAGCCAUCCGACGCUCGCUCCGCGUCUCGCCGCCUUCCUGGGACCCGCCGUCCCUCACCUCUCCCUGGACAGCCUGGACCUGGAAGAAGGACAGGGAGCGGCAGAUGGGAAGGCUUCAGGCGUGAUGGAUGUGAUGUACCGGGAGCUUUCCUCAGGGAAGGAGCCGGUGUCCGCCGCCUGCCACAUGGUGCUGGAUCUUCACCGCAGAGGGGAGGAGGGAGACGUGAUGGUGUUUCUGGCCAGCCCUCAGGAAGUAGAGGAGUGUUUGGCUCUGCUGGAGAAGGAGUGCGUGGCUCUGAGUCCUCAGCUUGGAUCUCUCAGGUUGAUCCCGCUCCAUUCUGGACUGGGAGCUCAAACCCAGCGGGUCUAUGAAGCCGAUCCCGGCGCCCUGCUGAAGGAGAACGACUGCUGCGUAGGAGCGGAGGCCGGAGGCGUCAGGAGGAAGGUUAUCCUCAGCGACACACUGGGAGAGGCUUCCUUCUCCCUGCGAGGGAUUAGAUACGUGGUGGACACCGGGUUCCAGCUGAAAACCGUUUACAAUCCUCAGAUCCGGGCGAACUCUCAGGUCCUAAGAACCAUCAGCAAACACCAGGCUGACAUCAGAGCUCAGAGGGUCAACAGCCAGCUUCCAGGACUCUGCCUCCGUCUCUACUCCCAGUCCCUCUAUGAGACUGGGAUGGCAGAGGCUCAUUGCCCGGGUGUGAUGGAGGAGAACCUCAGCCACCUGGUUCUGCUGCUGAAGAGGCUGGACAUCGCCGACAUGGGACAGUGCAAGUUCCUGGACAGACCGGCUCCUGAGGCUCUCAUGCAGGCCUUGGAGGACCUGGAUUAUCUAGCGGCACUGGAUGACGAUGGGAAUCUGUCGGAGGUGGGGAUCAUAAUGUCAGAGCUGCCGCUGGAGCCGCUGCUGGCUAAAGCUCUGAUCGCCGCCUGCGAGUAUGACUGUGUGGAAGAGCUGCUGACCAUCGCCGCCAUGCUGACAGCUCCUUCCUGCUUCCUGUCUCCAGACCCCAGCAAAGAGGAAGCUGCCGUUUCAGUCUGGAGACCCCUGAUGCACUCAGAGGGCGACCACAUGACCCUCAUCAACGUUUAUAACGCCUUCAUGGAGAACAACGAGGACGAGGCGUGGUGUGCCGCCAACUUCCUGAGUCACGCCGCCUUACGGCUCGCAGGGGUGAUCAGGGCGGAGCUUCUGGAGGUGAUGCAGAGAAUAGAACUCCCCGUUUCCCCGCCUGCUUUUGGUUGUCAAGACAACUGCACGAAUAUCAAACGAGCGCUCAUCUCAGGCUUCUUCCUCAAAGUGGCUCACGACGUGGACGGCUCCGGUAACUACCUCCUCCUGACUCACCGCCACGUGGCUCACCUCCAUCCCUUCUCUUCGUACCGCUGUCGGCAGCCGUGUCCCAGUCCUCCCAGCUGGGUCCUCUACCACCAGUUCACCAUCUCCAGGGACAACUGCAUCCGCAUCGCCUCAGAGGUCCACCCUCAGAUGCUUGUGGAGCUGACGCCUCAGUACUUCCUGGGAAACCUGCCGGCAAGCGAUGGGAAGGAGAUACUGAUGGAGCUCCGGCAGAGUUUAGCGCCCCCAUCAGGCGAGCUGGACUCAGUGGCAGAAGAACACAACAGGACUCAGAAAGAUGCAGAGACUCACAGUCAGUCCAGCACAGAGCUCUGUGUCGUCCAAUGAGAAGUAAGAGGCGGGGCUUCUCAGAAGACCUCCUGACUGGAUCCCAGUCGCUACAUCGUAAUCAGUUAUGGUUUGAAAUGUUAGUUCAGGUUUGAUCCGGACUUCUGCUGGAAUAAAAACACUAAUUCAGGAGUUGUGAACAACUCCACGUGCCGCUGCUGAAGAACACAUUCACUCUAAUUCUUUUUCUAUGUUGUUUUUUUAAUUUAAGAUUCUGCUUUAAACUCUUAUUUAAUGUGUGGUUUCUGUGUUUCCAUAAAGUCUAUUUUUAAAGUGAAAACAACAUGAAGUGAAGGUUGUUUAAAAAGUUGGGGUCUAAAAGCAAUAUACCGAAGCUCAGUGCUGUGUGACUUGAACUCUAUGCAGAUGACAUCAAUGUUUACUGAUAUCGAGCUUCUAUUUUUCACCUUCCUCCCACAGUUUGGGUGUUUGGCUUUCCUGCCGCGGUUUUCCUUCUGCCGAGUUGUUUUUACUAGGAAAAUAAAAACAACUUUGAAUAAAAUGUUCAUGUUUGAAAUA